AUGACAUAGCAACACAAUCAUCUGCAGACUGCUGCUGGUUGUGUACUGCAAAUUAACCCGCCGCUGCUGCGCGCGCAAACGCACAGAAAUGCAGGGGACUUUAAAUCUCUUGCUUUUAGCAAUGACCAUAGCUUGUUCAUGCACUCAUGGUAGUGAGAUGCACGGCUUGGGCCAAACCGGCGCUGGGAAAGUUCAUGCUCACGCGUAUGGCAGCCAACGGCUGGAAGGUCGGAGGCUAACCCAGGCAACAACACCGCCUCAGCCUCGGCCUCCGAGCCCUGCACCCCGGCCGCCGCUGCCCGCUCCGUCGCCUAGCGCCAACAGCAGUAACAGCACCAACAGCAGCAGCGCGCUCCCGCCGCCGCGGCCGCCUGCACCGCCGGCCAACAGUGCCCCGCCUAGCCCCGCCCCAUCUCUGCAGGCAAGCCUGGCCCCGCCGUCGCCUCAGCCUCGGCCUUCCAGCCCUGCACUUCGGCCGCCGCUGCCCGCUCCGUCGCCUAGCGCCAACAGCAGUAACAGCACCAACAGCAGCAGCGCGCUCCCGCCGCCGCGGCCGCCUGCGCCGCCGGCCAGCAGUGCCCCGCCUAGCCCCGCCCCUUCUCUGCAGGCAAGCCUGGCCCCGCCGUCGCCUCAGCCUCGGCCUCCCAGCCCUGCACCCCGGCCGCCGCUGCCCCCUCCGUCGCCUAGCGCCAACAGCAGUAAGAGCACCAACAGCAGCAGCGCGCUCCCGCCGCCGCGGCCGCCUGCGCCGCCGGCCAACAGUGCCCCGCCUAGCCCCGCCCCUUCUCUGCAGGCAAGCCUGGCCCCGCCGUCGCCUCAGCCUCGGCCUCCCAGCCCUGCACCCCGGCCGCCGCUGCCCGCUCCGUCGCCUAGCGCCAACAGCAGUAACAGCACCAACAGCAGCAGCGCGCUCCCGCCGCCGCGGCCGCCUGCGCCGCCGGCCAACAGUGCCCCGCCUAGCCCCGCCCCUUCUCUGCAGGCAAGCCUGGCCCCGCCGUCGCCUCAGCCUCGGCCUCCGAGCCCUGCACCCCGGCCGCCGCUGCCCGCUCCGUCGCCUAGCGCCAACAGCAGUAACAGCACCAACAGCAGCAGCGCGCUCCCGCCGCCGCGGCCGCCUGCGCCGCCGGCCAACAGUGCCCCGCCUAGCCCCGCCCCUUCUCUGCAGGCAAGCCUGGCCCCGCCGUCGCCUCAGCCUCGGCCUCCCAGCCCUGCACCCCGGCCGCCGCUGCCCCCUUCGCCGCAGCCACGUCCACCCCCUUCCCCAACUAUUGCGGGCUGCCCCCAGCAGUUCGAGGGCUACACGGGCUAUGCGGCCUACGACCACACAGGCGACGACAUGGCCGGCGGCCCCUACGGCAGCCCCCAGCUGGCGGCGGCUGCCUGCAGCUCCGACCCGCGGUGCGCGGGCUUCAACUCGGCGGGCUACACCAAGAGCACUGCCUGGCCGCUGGACCCCUCGCAGGUGGAUGCGCGCAUCUACCCUGGCUUCUGCAUUCACGUCAAGAUAGCGCCGCCGCCCUCGCCCGGCCCCUCUCCGCUCAACCCGCCUUCACCGCCACCACAGCCGCGGCCUCCCUCCCCUGUCCCGCCGCGGCCGCCCUCCCCUGUCCCACCGCGGCCGCCCGCUCCUGUCCCGCCACCUUCGCCCAGUCCCCCCUCGCCCUCUCCCUCGCCGCCCCGGCCCCCGCCACGCCCACCCACGCCGCCUCCACUGCCUUCCCCACCGCCACCGCCGCCCUACCAUUUCGGCUGCUUCAAGGACAGCGACGCCCGCCGGCUGCCGGUGGUGUUGGCCUGGGAUCAAAGGAACAUGACGCUGGAGUGGUGUGAUGCCCUGGCUCGCGCCGCCGGUGUUCCGCUGUACGGAGUUCAGUUCUCGUGGUUCUGCUUUGGCGGCAAUGACCUGGCGUUUGCCACAAGCCUGGGCCCCUCCCCGAACUGCACAAGGCCGUGUGGCGGGAACAGCAGCCAGAUCUGUGGCGGAGAAUAUGCAAACAACCUAUAUGCGCUCAAUGGCCCGCCCAGCCCGCCGUCCCCCUCGCCGCCCAGCCCUCGCCCGCCAUUUCCGCGGCCGCCCUCUCCGCCGCCCCAGCCCCCCAGCCCACCCUCGCCGAGCCCACCUGCGCCCGGAGGUGGCCUGGAGCCGCCCAGCCCGCCGUCGCCCUCUCCCUCGCCUCCCCUACCUGCACCCACGCCGCCUCCACUGCCUUCUCCACCGCCGGGCUAUGUGUACCAGGGCUGCUUCAAGGACAGCGACGCCCGCCGGCUGCCGGUGGUGUUGGCCUGGGAUCAAAGGAACAUGACGCUGGAGUGGUGUGAUGCCCUGGCUCGCGCCGCCGGUGUUCCGCUGUACGGAGUUCAGUUCUCGUGGUUCUGCUUUGGCGGCAAUGACCUGGCGUUUGCCACAAGCCUGGGCCCCUCCCCGAACUGCACAAUGCCGUGUGGCGGGAACAGCAGCCAGAUCUGCGGAGGCCAGUACGCGAAUGGGGUAUAUGCUUUCAGCGGCCCGCUGAGCCCGCCUUCGCCGCGGCCGCCCUCGCCAGCGCCCCCCUCGCCGCCCAGCCCCCGCCCACCCUCGCCAAGGCCCCCCUCGCCGCCCAGCCCUCGCCCACCCUCUCCCCGCCCCCCAGCUCCACCGCCGCCCCAGCCUCCCGUGCCGGCCCCGCCUCCAGCCUGCACCGAGCGGCCACAGGGCUGGUGCGCUGGAGACCUCAGCAUCUACCUCCGCGUGGAUUGCAACGGCGAUGGCAUGGACGACCAGGUCUGCUACGACGCAAGCGGCAACAGGGGCGUGAUCCUGGCGGCCCCGCCGACCGGCCGGAACGACACCACCGCCUGCGCCGACACGUGGCCCUCCGUGGCCGCUUCUGCCGCCGCCUGCCCGCCCGUGUUCAGCCGUUGCCCAGAAGAAUCCGCCUACGUGGCGUUGCCGGACGCAUACUGGGGCUGGGGCAAUUACCCGGACAGCUACGUUGCGUUGUGGGGGGAGACCUCACCGGCUGCGGCAAAGAGGUUCUGUGACUCCUACACCUGCUACCUGUGGGACCGGGACGGGUUGUGCGCCACCUCACCCAUCCUCCGGCUGAUGUACUGGGAAGGCAAGCCAUGCGCGUAUGUGAAAGCGCAACCAAGCCCUCCUAGCCCUCCACAGCCAGCCAGCCCGCGGCCUCCGGGCCCCAGCCCCCCGCCCUCUCCCUCGCCACCACCGCUCCCGCCCCGCCCGCUGCCUCCGCCGUCUCCGCCCUCACCUCGGCCUCCACUGCCUUCCCCACCGCCGCCGCCGCCCUACCAUUACGGCUGCUUUAGAGACAACGCCACCCGCCUCUUGCCGGUGGUGCUGGCAUCUGAUCAAAAGAACUUGACGCUUGAGUGGUGCGCCGCCCUGGCUCGUGCCGCCGGACUGAAGCUGUUUGGGGUGCAGUUCUCUUGGUUUUGCUUUGGAGGCAAUGACCUGGCGUUUGCGACAAGCCUGGGCCCCUCUACGGAGUGCACAAUGCCUUGCGGCGGGAACAGCAGCCAGAUCUGUGGAGGUCCAUACUCAAACAACGUAUAUGCACAGAACGGCCCGGCACCGCCCAGCCCGCCCAACCCGCCUUCUCCGAAGCCGUCGCCGCCCUUGCCGCCAUCGCCGCCAAGGCCUCCGCCAGUUUGCGUCGCGCGGGGAGCGGGCUGGUGUGUCCAGCCCACAGAGGUCUACUCUCACGAGGAGGAUUGUGAUGGCGACGGCUAUUUGGAUCACUUUUGCAAUGACAUUUUCGGAAAUCGCCGCAUCAUCUUUACAGCUCAGAUUGGUCCAUCGUGUGUGGAAACCCGGACCGUUGCACCAGCAACUCCCUGCCCCCAAGUGUUUAAUCGCUCAUGUAUCGACGCGCCCGGCUAUGCUUCACUCCCGGACACCGUGUUCGGCCGUAACCCGGGUAACCUGGGUCUAAUGGUGUACACCCUGACCCCGACCUACAACAUGGUGUACCCUACGCUGGGGCAGUGCGCGUCGCAGUACAAUUGCAUCAUGUUUUCCUCCGAGGGAAAGUACGCCGUUGGCACGCUGGGCCAGAUCGACACGCUGCAGAGCAGCAGCUACGGCGGGUGCACCUACGUGAAGCUGCCCUCGCCGCCACCCUCGCCGCUGCCGCCGCUGCCGCCGCUUCCUCCGCCGCUGCCGCCGCUUCCUCCGCCGCGCCCACCAAGCCCACGCCCCCCGUCGCCAAGCCCACCACGGCCUGGCGCACCUAUAGCGACCAGUUGUGUGCCACCGGCCGGCUGGUGCGUGCAUCCAGGAGCCGUGCUGAACCGAUCGGUGGACUGCAAUGGCGACGGCUGGCCGGACGCGCACACCUGCAUGGACGCCACGGGCCGCCGGGGUGUGAUCCUGUCGGUGCAGACCACCACCACAUGCGUCAACAACUGGCCCAACGCCACCGUCGCCGAGUGCCCGCCGGUCUUUGGAACCUGCGACCGGCCUGCUGGUUGGUGCGCUACUGGAAUCUUCAAAGUGAUGGACUGCGAUAAUGACGGGUAUGCCGACUUCACCUGCGCCGACGCUCCUCCCGGCCAAUCAACACAAAGAGGCGUGAUACUCGGCGGGUUCCCCAAGGCGGCGGGCCAGCAGUGCACGAACAGCACCAUCGCGUGGCCCAACGCCCCCGUCAGCUCCUGCAGACAGGCAUUCGACCCGUGCCCUCCACAACCUGGCUACGUGCUGUACCGCAACGCCACCAUUGACCCAUGGUCGUACGCCUACCCUCCCGAUGGAAAUGCGGAGGGCGCACAUUACAGAUGCAAUCCGAUCAAGUGCAACCCGCACUUGUAUGCGCCAUGUUGCACUGCGUGGUCCACCGACGGCGCCUCGACCAACGAUUGGUUUAUAAGACUCAAGUUUGCACCCGGGCUCUGCACGUACGUCGGCGACUACGACAUUGACGUCACCAUGCCCCAGGGAGUGGUCCGCUCGUCGUCCAGCCUGACCAGUGCCGCCGAUGCCGCCGGCAUCGGGAAUGAACCCUCGGCGGCCGUACUGCUGGACGACAGCGGCGCUGGCACUACUGCUGCUGCUAAUGGCCAACUCGUAGACCCGCAGGUGGCGACGAUGAGCCCGCCGCCGCCGGCACCCACCAGCAGCAGCAGCAGCCCCAAACCUGCCGCUGCAUCUUCUGCUGCGGUCUCGAGGGAGGCCGCCGCACCGUCGUCUGCAGCAGGAGAAGGAGCUACAGCCGCCACGGAGCAGCAGCAGCAGCAACAGCCCAUCGACAUGGCCGCAGCAGACGCAGGCGGACUGAUGGAAGCAGCAGCAGCGACGGGCGGCGGUGGCGCGACCAGCACAAGCACCGGCACCAGUAGCAGCGUGGAAGACGCGGAGCAGACCUACCCACCGCCGCCGCCAACGUCGGUCCAGAGCAGUGGCAGUAGUGGCAGCCGUGGCAGCAGCUCAUCUGUGUCAGCCGCCAUUGUGGGGGCGGCAGUGGGGGGCGUGGCGGGCGUGGCGGUGUUGGCGGCGGCUGUGGUGGGGCUCGUGCGGUGGCGCCGCGGCACGGUGCACGAGAACGUGCGAGUCACGCCGCUGUGAUGUCUGGGUGCAGCGCACAGCGUGCCUGCGGGGGGGUCGUUUCGCCUGGGAUGUAACCCCAUGUUCUAACGAGGAAGAGCUGAGCGAGAGCGCUCAAACUUUGCUUUCAGAGUUGUAACCUGGGUAGAACCUGCGAAGUGAUGGGGUCCCAAAGUUCAGGGUGAGUUGGUGGGGGGGGGCGGAAAAUUUCGUCAUCAGGCCUCCACCACAUCAAGUAAGCACGGCAUGGGCACUACGUGCACCAGGCACAGUAAAAGAGGCUAGGAAACCACCAUUGAGUCUGGAGUAAGAGUUUUGUGCGUGAGAAGGGUGCAUUUACCGCUAGCGGACCGCCAAGCGAUCCAUGGGGUGUGACCCGUAAGCAUCAUGUUAGGGGGCUUUCACACGUGGGAAGCCAACUUUGGGUCAAAGCCGGCUUAACGGGCGAAACCGAUUCACACGCAGUGCGGCGGAUGGCACAGUGCGAAACCAACUGUGUUUCAACCUUGCUUCGUCUCUCUUGCUUAUUACUUAGCUUUCU